CGAGCACUGAAACCACUUCCGCCCUAAGGUAGUUGGGUCAAGUAGGCGGCGCUGGUCGAGCUCCGGCGAGCCGCCGGCGAGGUCGCCGCCCAAGAAUUCCUCUCGACACCUCUGCUUCUGGCGAACGGUGAGUCUCCGGUAAACGGAAGCGAUCGAAGAAGUGGGGGGGAGGGGGGGAGUCGCCGCGUGGUUGCUUUGUCGCCUCCCCCGCCGGUGGGGAUCCCUUGGCGCUCUCGAGCCACAGCCAUGGCGCUGCACGCGACGUCCUCGCGCGACUCCGUGCGCGCGGCGGCGGAAGGAGAGCCGGAAUGGGCGGGCGACGCGUCGCGGCGGCCGGCCGCGUUCUACAGCGCGGUGUUCGCGCAGAUCGAAGAGGUCGGGUGGGAGCGGCUGGUGAGCGGCAAGGGCGACGGCGGCGUGUCGUGCCUGGUCUUCCGCAUCCUGGAUGAUCAGGGACGAAACCAUUUACUGGAGAUCACGCUGCCCAUGAACUACCCUUCAAGUCCUCCUUGCCUUGUGGCAGAUGUUCCUUAUCUACCAGAAUUACAGUGGUCAAAAGGCUCAAGACUAAAAGAUGUUGUCUGCCAGUUCCAAGAGCACCUGAAGAUAUUGCAAGAUUACUGGUCUAUAAUGGAUGACAUUGAUAAGGUCCUUUGGGUUGUUGAUCCAACAAAGCCAACCUUUGCUAUGUCUCAUCGCCGUAUAGCUUUAGGUGAUGAUUGCUAUCUUUUACUACAUGUUAAUGUGCGAAAGCCCAGAUCAUUACCAGAGGUUCGCUUCCUGGGAACAGAUGGGAAACUGGACAGACUGAUAACUAAUUGGAGAAAAUAUUGCAAAAAGUGGAGUGCAGACAAGAAAUUCCAUGAAAACCUGUCAACUGUCUUGGAUUUCGCUUUGCCUCCACCACCUUCAGUCAACAUCGAAGAUGACGAGCAAGUUGAUUGUGGAAUAUGUUAUGCCAAGCAUCUGCCAAUUGAUGAUGAACUUGGGACUCACAGCGGGGGCACGACAGAUUACACAUGUGAAAACCCGAGCUGCAGCAGAGCUUUCCAUUCUGUCUGCCUGAGAGACUGGUUACGCGCGAUUACUACAACAAGGCAGUCGUUCGACGUUCUGUUUGGGAACUGCCCCUACUGCAGCGACCCUGUUGCCGUGAAGAUCACCGACCGCUAAAACAGUCUUCAGAGGCAGAUUUCAGCUGAUUCUAACCACUCGUGAGACCAUUACUAACUAGUCAGUUGCCAUGUACAGUGUUAUGUUUCAGUUUUCUCAAAGAAAGCUCUAGAGCGCAACGUGGAAUGAUGCUCUCAUCAGUUUUUUUUUCAUUCAGAAAAUGAUGAUUUAGCAUAUAGUCGAGUCUCGAGACAUCAUCGAUGGAGCGGCAUGAGGUCUUCGCCGUCCGCUUCUAGAGAGAUGAGAAUCAAAUUGUCCUGGUGACCGAGUCAGUUAAUCAGUUGAAAAUGUGCAGCCUGUUUCCGAACACGCCCUUCUAGAUUUGGAAGGAUGAGGGCGAUGGACUCUGAAUUUCUCGUUGCCGUGCCUGUUUCCCCUACUGUCAAACCUCCAAUUAGUUUACCAACAACUUUCCACA